UACCGCAACCUUCUUACAUUAUACACUGAAUUGGUAUUUAUUCACCUCUUUUACGCAUAUGCUGCUUAUACGUGAUCACCAAGGCAACUCAACCAAAACAAAGACCAACCCCCAAAAGCGUUCAUAUUGAUUAGAACACUAUACGCGUAUAAUACGUUGUGACAAAAAUGACUUCUAAAAUCAGUACUAACGGAACGCAAAGAUUACCGGAGCCUGUUUCCGAACAUGAAGCAGUUCCGCCUCCCCCACCCACGGCGGCGGGCAGACCCAGACCCCCGACCUCGCAGCUUUUUUCACGCGGCAAUCUGGCAAGCAGUAGGGCAACCGGAGGCGAAAAAUCAGGUCUUGCAAGACCAUCAACAGCAGUCCGGGCUGUGGGCUACGCUGCUAAUUACGGGUCUGCUCAUCAAAGGUUCGAACAAUUUUUCCUGGAGAAGGCAAAGCAACAAACGCUCUCGUCAAGAGUCGCUGUGGAUGCCAUGAAGGAUGUAAACCCACAAAUGAAGUAUAAAAAUCUGGAGGAAAAAAUUGUGAAGCUCUUGGAGUCAUCUAUAGUUUUGGCCUGGCAAAGCUCAUCCAAUAAAUUAUUGAACGUGGAUGCAAAAUUGUCCGAGGCAUUAAAUAAAGCCAAGGAAGCAUUCUCAUUGGAUAGAACAUUACACCAAUUUCGAGACCAGCACGGUGAAAAUGUUUACCACAACUUCGAUUUGACAUAUGCGGUUUUUUUUAAUCUCGCGGAGCAAUACGAACGUAGUGAGAUGCACAUCGAAGCCCUCAAUACCUACAGCAUUAUGGCCAAAAACAAGAUGUUUCCACACGUCAAUCAGCUAAAACUAAAUAUGGGUAACAUAUACUACAGCAUGGGUAUUUACCAAAAGGCGGUUAAAAUGUACCGCAUGGCCCUUGAUUCUGUACCAAAGAGCUUAAGUCAGUUAAGGCUAAAGAUCCGUGAAAACAUUGGAGUCCUUUUUAUUCGCAUGGGCUCUUAUUUAGAUGCUGCUUCUAGCUUUGAGUUCAUCAUGACGGAGCGGGCAAACAUUAGAAGUAGCAUUCACCUCUUACUCUGCUACUACGCCUUGGGAGAUGUGGAGAAGGUAAAGUUGGCCUUUCGGAGACUUUGCGAUGUCCAAACCGAAGCAAUAGAAUCGGAUACGGAGAGUGAGACGAAUAUCAUUAAACUUCAACAGCAGGCUGAGCCAAUUCAACAAAUUGGCGAAACCGACGUGCACCAGUCUUUAGACAACGGACAAGUCCCGGGCUCGGUUAUUAGGGCAGAAGGUGGCGGUAAACUGAACGAGACUGUGAAGUUUGCAUCCACAAUGAAACAUCGUUAUGUUGUCCAAGCACUUAAGAAAGACGAGUUGGCCAUAUAUAGAAAUGAACGUCGUAAUGCCGUUAAACGAUCUAUUACAAUGAUUGUAGACUUAAUAUCACCUUUCAUCGAAGAUAAUUACAACGAUGGGUAUAAUUGGUGCAUUGAGAUCAUCAAAACUUCAAAUCUUGCAUGGUUGGCCAACGAACUUGAACUCAACAAAGCCUUAGUAUAUCUCCGACAAAAUGACGUUCAUCAAGCAAUUGAGACGUUACAAAUUUACGAUCGUAAGAGUGAGGGAUCCAUGACCGCCAGCGCUCUGACCAACCUGAGUUUUAUUUAUAUUAGUUUAGGCAACCUUGAAAUGGCCUCCCACUGCGUUAACCAGUUACAAGAAAUCGGAUCGCUAAAAAACAAUGCGUUAGGAUUGAUCAACGCCGGCAUAGUGGAAUUGGGCUCGCACAACCUAAUAUUAGCAAGCGAACGGUUUGAGAGAGCUCUGCAACUACAGCCGAUGAACUUUGAAGCCAGGUACAAUCUUGGACUAGUGGCAUUGGCGCAGAAUGAUUAUGAACUAGCCGAGGAACGUUUCGAGUUGCUAAAGGAACAACUUAUGAUGCCCAGCUCAGUUCAGCACAGUCAUGUAUUUUAUCAGCUUGCCAAGCUGCAGGAGCGCAGGUUGGAAAGCGGAUUCAAAUCUAAUUUUACGCCAGGAGCGGCUCUUCAGGCCUACCUUCAGCUAGUUGGCAUUUCUGCCUCUGACAUCGAUUCAAGGCUGUUUGAAAAGGUCGGCUCGCUUUACGAGCAGAUUCAAGACCAUCAAGAAGCAAAUCAGUACUAUAACGAGGCGUACCGCAUAAACAUGAGCGACAUCGCAAUCGCAAGCUCAAUCGGUUCAUAUUACAUCAAGCUUCAGGCCACGGAACGGGCACUUUAUUACUAUGAAAGAGCGGUCUUAGCAGAUCCUAAUGAUCCCAACCUAAUGUUACGUAUUGCCAGCUGCUUUCGCAACUCAUAUCUCCCUACGAAACAAUACCUGGGCCUUUUUCAAAAGAUACACGCAAGAUUUCCAGACAACCUAACUUGCAUACGGGCUCUUAUGCAAGUUACUAAGUCACUGGAAUUACGGGACCUGCAUGAGAGGUAUGCAUCGGAAUAUAUCCGUCUGCAAAGCCAGCAGAAGGAACAUCAGAGCGAGCAUCGAAACCAGCGAUUCCCUUCAGCGGCAAGGUUUAGCAACCGCUUGCCAUCUAUCAGACAGUCAAAUGAAGAACACUUGAAAGGUGGUGAGCAUUUUAAUAGCGUAGCUCCUACCCACAGCCCCUACACGUCCAGUAAAGUUGUGGCACACCGCUGCGAAUUUUGUAUCCUAUUAUACUUUAUAUCAUUACAGUUCUGCAGUUUGAUCCUUUGGGACCUCCCGCAGAACGUCCCAAAACUGGACGACCACUACAAAGCACAGACGAUGUUGAUGACGACGCGGAAAUGAAUGCCGAAAUCUUAUUGCCUAUUUGAAGAAAUCCUAUUAUAUUUUUAGACAAGUCUGCAAUUGGUGCAAUACUACACGAAAACAAUAUAUAUUUUUACUUUUCCAAUAUGCAUAUACAUAAGUUAAUCGUUUACAUUUUGGAUAAUUCGAUUUUAGGUUCAACGUUGUUUGACAAGCGUAAACUGAUAAAAAGAAAAAUUUUCUGAAUAAACAAAAAAAUGCUAUGGCCGAGUACCCCGACUAGCAGAUACCCGUUAAUAAUAAAUAACAUAUACUAAAUUACUAAAUAACAAAUACUACUACAGAUAGCGUAUGCCAAUGUAUCUUGUCUAAAAGGGAACUAUAUUCUUUUUACGAUAAUAAAACAAAAGAGAAUGCUGUAGUCGACUUCCUCGACAAUUAGAUACCCGUUACUCAGCUAGUAGAAAUGCGAAAUUUCACCAUUUUCUGGGUUAUCGAUAGAUACUCGUGAAUAAAAUAAGACAACAUUUAAAAUUAAAGUUACAAUGUGCGAUCUUGGCAAUUUUGUGCGGUUUGUCGGCGCUAGAGUGGCCGUGGCAACAUGGCUCAAACUUGCGCUCCGUAUAUGUCUCUAGAAUAUGUAUGCUGUAUCUCAACCUCCUAGCUUUUAAAGUUCUCAUAUAUUCUGAUCAAGAAUGUAAAUACUUUAUAUGUUCUGAAACGCUUCCUUCUGCCUGUAACAUACUUUUCAACGAAUAUAGUAUACACCUUUACUCUAAGAGUAACGGGUAUAACAUUCGAAAGAUUUUUAAAAAGUGUGUGCAGUUUGUAGGCGCGGAGAGGUCGUGCCCUAUAAAUGUGUUUGAUAUUUUGAUAGAAAUUGGCAAGGCAAAUUAUAAAAUAAAAAAGUAAACAUAUUGUAAUAUUUUUUAACUUUUAAUCUUUUAUAAGUCCCGAGAAUUUAAAGUUCACACAGGUGGACAGAAGGACAUGGCAAGAACUUGGCUAGAUAAAGAAUAUAUAUACUUCCUAGUAGGCGUGGCAAGUUUAGGAGACAAGCAUGCGCUUCAACCUUUUGCCUUCUACCUCCUAUCUUGUACUCCAAGAGUAAUGAGAAUUAUCGUUUCUGACAGUUCAAAAGAUCAUCCCGCAACUUGUCGGAGAGAUUUUACAAGAAAAAAAUGCUGCCCAAUUGACAGCAUUGCAACUGACAACGCACAAAGAUAAUACAAAUGCACUUACCUAAAAAACAUAUCUGCUGCUAAUUCUUUACUAUAUCAACUCUAAUUUAAAUGUCAUUUUACUCUACCCUACAGCUUAUAGGUACUGUUAAAGAUUUAUUAUUUAAUUACAAACAUAAUGUAUAUUUCAGUUAGGCAACCUAGAAAUGCGUUAACACCAGUUACAUAAAAUCGGAUCGCUAAAAAACAAUGCGUCAGGAAUGAUCGACGCCGGCAUAGUGGAAUUUGGCUCGCACAACAUAAUAUUAGCAAGCGAACGGUUUGAAGGAGCUCUGCAACUUCAGAAUGAUUAUGAACUAACCGAGGAACGGUUGAGUUGCUAAAGGAACAACUUAUGAUGUCCAGCUCAGUUCAGCACAGCACAGUCAUGUAUUUUAUCAGCUUGCCAAGCUGCAGGAGCGCAUAGUUUCAUCUCAACAGGAAAAGCACUAUUAUUAACCAAUUAAAAUUAUUUAAAAAAUUAAAGAUACAAAAAAUUUAAGAUUUUUUCCAUAAGCCCCUUUCCGGCAUUUUGUUUGUUUUUAAAUCUUAUUUAUUACAGUUUCAAGGACAGGAGUACAAACAUUUCUAUGCCCCUAUAAUAAUGGUUAAAAAAUAUAACAUUUGAGUAGAAUUUAUACUUGUUGGUAUUGCGUACAUGUUUUUUCCUUAACGAUAGAAGAGUCCUCUGUCAAAUCACCUUUUUGGGGUUAACACGGUAGCUUCAUUAAAGAGAUUGAUUUAUUUAGAAAAAUGUUUAUUUAUUUUACAUUUACAUUGCUCAAGCCAAUUAAAUAAAACACAAAUAUAAGCAUACAAGAACCAAUAUCGGACACUUACGAAGACA